AUGAAUGCUUUUAAGCAGAGGGUUAUUCAGUUUACCAGAGAAUGUGAUGUUAGAACGACAAGAACUAUGUGGGAUUCUUCUUAUGAUUUGCAGAUAUUGAAGUUCUUUGAUUUAAAAUAUAGGAAGGUGAAGACAACAAAGAUAUCUAAGAUCUUCUUCUACCUUCCUGAACCUUCUUUUACUUUAACCCGUUGUGAUGGAGCUUCAAGUGGCAAUCCAGGUGAAGCAGGAGGUUUGGGUCUUGCUACAAACUUCAUGGCUGAAAUCUUUGCAAUUAUAUGUGCUGGAGAAUGGGGAGUGAGUAACAACCUCCUUAAAAUCUGUUUUAGAAUUGAUUCUCAAAUAGCUAUAACAACUUUCCAGUCAGGGGAUGUCCCUUGGUGGGCUUGUACUACUAUUAGAUGGAAUAUGAUCAAAAAUUCUCUUCAUGAACGGUACUUCUCUCAUAAUUACAGGGAGAUUAAUUUCUCAACUGACAUAUUGGCAAAGAAGGGUAUUGGUCUGGCAAAAGGAGAAAAGAGGAGUUACUACAAUAGUCCUAUAUUCUUAAGAAAAAUGGAAGUACCAGACUUACCAUACUACAAAUUUGAUUAA